UUGCCUGCUGUUGAUUAAAUACAAAGUUUCCGUGGCUUUGCAAGCGGUCUCGUUAAACACAACCUUAGUCGAUGGUAAUUGUGUUUCCACAUAGGAAUGUAGCAUACGUUUCUUUACAAAUCAGUUCACAAAAAUGUGAUUUGUUUACAUGCGCUGUCAUUGAGCAUAAACAAGCAUGGUAAGUGGAGAGUUGUACGUUGUUCUUUCGAAAGCAUCGAAAAGAACAUGACCAUACCAAAAAUAAUUUCAACAUGAAUUUUUUAGACAUUUAACGCCAAUUUUCGAGUUUUUUAACAAACUAUUCCGAAUGUUUCCUCCAUUCGAAAUCAAAAUGCCAAUGUCGCCGAAUCAAAUGGAUACGGAAGAUGUUCAUGACAUCAUAAUUAGGCAACAGAAAGUUAUUGAAAGACUGAAAGAGCUCAUAGUUGAAAAAGAUGAAGAAAUUCAAAGACUAAGAUGUUUACUUGAUAAGUAUCAAUCUGUAUUCAGCCCCAAUGCUAAUUUAAAUAAAACGUAUGGACGAAGAAAACAUAGAGCUCAAGGUAUUUCUGCAGAACCAUUGUCAUUAAGAAACAUUCAAGAGUUGAUACAAACAAAAUUCCCGGAGUACCCUAAGUCUGACACAUCCAAAGAGCUUAUUCAGCGAGCCAUUCUAGAAUGUGAUUUUAUGAAGAACCUAGAGACAGUUCAGAUCAAGGAGAUCACUGACUGUAUGUAUCCGGUGGAAUAUAGCCAAGACAGCAUCAUUAUCAAGGAAGGGGAUGCAGGCAGUGUCGUCUUUGUCAUGGAAGAGGGUAAAAUUCAGGUUUCUAAGUCCGGUCGAUAUUUAUGUACUCUUGGUCCUGGAAAAGUUUUUGGUGAAUUAGCUAUUCUAUAUAAUUGUACCAGAACGGCAACUAUCACAGCACUAAGUGACUGCAGACUCUGGGCAAUAGAAAGACAAUGUUUCCAAACCAUAAUGAUGAGGACAGGUUUAGUCAGACAAGCCCAGUAUACAGAUUUUCUUAAAAGUGUCCCUACUUUUCGAAGGCUACCAGAAGAAACACUAAUAAAAAUAGCUGAUGUCUUAGAAGAGACGACUUAUAAAUAUGGUGAUUACAUUAUACGUCAGGGUGCAACUGGUGAUACAUUUUUCAUAAUUAGCCGUGGAAAGGUAAAAGUUACUAUAAAUGACCCAGAACAAAAUGUUGAAAAAUUUGUUAGAACAUUAAGUUUUGGAGAUUUCUUUGGUGAAAAGGCCCUACAAAGUGAAGAUGUCAGGACAGCAAAUAUUGUUGCUGACGAUCUAGAGGGUGUUACCUGUUUAGUUAUUGACAGAGAGUCAUUUCAUCAAUUAAUUAGUCAUAUUGAUGAGAUCAAAUUAAAACGAUAUGACGAAGAUAUCAGUUUUAGGAAAAAAGCCAAUGAAGAAUUUUAUGACAUCAGACUAAGUGAUUUAAGAAUUGUAGCUACAUUAGGUGUCGGUGGAUUUGGACGUGUUGAAUUGGUUCAAUUAAACAAUGACACUUCACGAUCCUUUGCUUUAAAAGUUAUGAAAAAGGCUCAAAUAGUUGAAACACGGCAACAGCAACAUAUUUUAUCUGAGAAAACCAUAAUGGAGGAGUCUAACUGUGAUUUUGUUGUUAAAUUGUAUCGUACAUUUAAAGACAGAAAGUAUUUGUACAUGUUGAUGGAAGCUUGUUUAGGAGGAGAACUUUGGACCUUGCUACGUGAUAGGGGCAGUUUUGAUGACAGUACAACUCGUUUCUACGUUGCCUGUGUCAUAAAUGCUUUUGAUUAUUUACAUUCAAGAAAUAUUAUUUAUCGUGAUCUCAAACCUGAAAAUAUGCUUUUAGAUUCUCAAGGUUAUGUUAAAUUAGUUGACUUUGGAUUUGCAAAAAAGUUACCUAAUGGUCGUAAGACUUGGACAUUUUGUGGGACGCCAGAGUAUGUUGCUCCAGAAGUGAUUUUAAAUAGAGGACAUGACACAUCAGCAGAUUUCUGGUCACUAGGUGUUUUAAUGUUUGAGUUAUUAACUGGAACGCCUCCUUUUACAGGACCAGAUCCUAUGAGAACCUAUAACAUUAUUUUGAAAGGUAUAGACAUAGUAGAAUUCCCUCGCACUAUUUCAAGGAAUGCAACUAAUUUAAUUAAACGACUGUGCAGGGAUAAUCCUAAUGAAAGAAUAGGAUAUCAGAAAGGUGGCAUUAAGGAAAUUCAAAAGCACAAAUGGUUUGAUGGCUUUAAUUGGGAUGGACUAACCAAUAGAAAUUUAAUGCCUCCUAUUCUACCUAGAGUGCGACACUGUUUCGACACUUGCAACUUUGACAACUACCCACCCGAUGCCAGUGGAGCCCCAGUUGAUGAUAUCACAGGCUGGGAUGCUGAAUUUUAAACUCGCAGACCAUGAGAAAAAAAAAAUGUUUCCAUAUACGUGCAUUUCUUCACUGAACGUUCCAUGUUUGAUUUCAGCUGGUUCUGGUCAUCUGAUCAAUGAGCUUUUACUAAAGAAUCAGUUGCAAGACAAUUUAGUUUAUAUAUAAUUUAUUGAUUUUCUGAUAUAGUAAAAUCAUAUAUUAUUGCUAUUAAGUUCCUUUCUUGUUAUUCAGUCGCUUUUAAAAUUUCGUUUUUGAAAACAAGCCUGUUGCAACCAUACUUAAAACUAGCGUACUCGUAAUGUGACUUUUCUUUGGUUAUGCUUGUUUAUUACAAAAAAAAAAAUCAUAUAAUUCAUAUUUUAAUUUUUGAUGAAAUACUAUUUGUUAUCACACUUUUCCAUUCCGGUGAUCUAUGUUGCAUUUGAUGUAACUUUUAUUUGAUUUAGUCUCAAAUGUAUAUUUGGAACAUUGAUUCAUUUAACCUUUAAAUGAACUUAAUCCGAAGUAGCUUUGUUUAAAAUAAUUUUAAUGACCAAAAUACAAAUAAUAAAAUCCUUCAUCAUGCGUAGGUUCAUACAGUAUUAUUUGUACAUUGUGUAUGCAUAAUGGAUACAAAAUACAUAGUUGUUUUAAACAGAAAAAAAUGUUAAAAUUCAGUACAAAUCAUACAAAGUAAUGAAAUACAAAAGUUUGAAAACAGAAAUUCAAACAUCUAGCUCAAAACAUAUAAGCCAACCAACAUCAUCAUUAAUUUUAAAAUUCUGAAAAAUUAACAUUUUUUCUCUAUAGGUUUUUAUUUAUAAGUAAAAGUCAGCAGUAAAUCAUAAUUAUAACAGAGGUUUAACAUCCAAAAAAACAUACUGGAAAGAAAACAAACUAUAGUCAGCCAAGAAAAUCAUUACAUUAGAAAGCAAAACUGCAACUUAUUUGAACAAUACAAGUUGUUGCAAAAAUGAUAAAACAAAAGUAAUAUAGAAAAAUUAUUUUGCAUG